AUGAUUGCGGCGUUCCCCACAACGGUCAACAUCAUCGAUCCAGUGGCUACGACAAAGAUGUUUGCAGGAAUAAUCUCCGCACACAAUCAGGAGGUCUGCAGCACAUGGGGUAACUACCAUUUCAAAACCUUCGAUGGAGACGUCUUCCAGCUCCCGUCCACCUGCAACCACAUCAUGACCAAGCUGUGUGGGAGCAGUUAUGAGACCUUUAACAUUCAGCUGAGGCGCCAGGUACAGGACAGUGAGCCCACCAUCAGCAAAAUCACCAUGAAGCUGGACGGCACAGUGGUGGAGCUGACCAAAGACUCCACAGUUGUCAAUGGCCAAACUGAACAACUUCCAUUCCUUGGCUCUGGAGUUUUCAUUGAGACGACCGGCACAUACAUCGUAAUCAAAGCUACACUGGGCCUAACAGCCUUGUGGAAUGCAGAUGAUGCCUUCAUGGUUGAACUGGAUCCAAAGUUCAGAAAUCAGACGUGUGGACUUUGUGGCGACUUCAAUGAAAUCCCGACUUACAAUGAGUUUAUUAGGGAUGGUGUGCUGCUCUCCACGUCCACUUAUGGAAAUCUGUGGAAGAUGGAUGGUCCUACAGAAAUCUGUGAGGACGAACCAGAGAGAGAUAACGUGAACUGUGGAAAUGAGUUGUUUCUCAGCCAAGCGUUCAGCAGCUGCACUCCUCUCAUAUCAGUCGAACAAUUCGCCAAAGUCUGCGUGGAGGAUCAGUGCCAGUGCAACACAACCGGAGCUUUCUGCCUGUGUAAAACCUUAGCUGAAUACUCUCGCCAGUGCGUUCACGCAGGAGGACAGCCUGCAAACUGGAGGACAGAGCAGUUCUGCCCAAUGACCUGCCCAAAAAACAAAGUGUAUAUGGAAUGUGGGAGUCCAUGUAUGGACACCUGCUCUAACCCAGAGAGGAAACAUACGUGUGGAGAACACUGCAUUGAUGGAUGCUUCUGUCCUCCAGGCACUGUCCUUGAUGAUAUAAGCAACACUGGAUGCAUACCGCUGAGUAACUGCAGCUGCAACCAUGAAGGGACGGUGUACGCCACUGGGGAAGGGUAUUCAACUAGCUGCAAAGAAUGUACCUGCUCUGGUGGGACGUGGAACUGUGUGGACAAAGACUGCCCUGGGAUGUGCUCAGUGCAAGGAGGAGCCCACAUCAUCACCUAUGAUGAAAAGCCCUACACAUUUCAUGGAGAUUGCUCCUAUGUCCUGUCCAAGGAAUGCACAGGCACAGAUUUCACAGUUCUGGGAGACCUGAAGAAGUGUGGACUGACUGACAGUGAGACCUGUUUGAGGGCAGUUACGCUGGCGUUAUCGAAUGGGUCCAAUGUGAUCACAGUGGAUCCAAGUGGAAAUGUUGAGGUCAACAGAAUCUUCACAAAGCUGCCACUUUUUACAGCCGAUGUAAGCAUCUUCAAGCCAUCCUCGUUCUACCUCGUCAUCCAUACAAAGAUCGGGCUUCGCCUGGAGAUCCAGCUCACCCCCAUCAUGCAGGUUUUCAUCACGGUUGACCCAGCAUUUCAUGGACAAACAUGUGGACUUUGUGGCAAUUUCAACAACAUACAGUCGGACGAGUUCACCACCUUGGGUGGACUCACAGAGGCAACAGCUGUGAACUUUGCCAACACCUGGAAAACUAGAGCGGGUUGCCCUGAUGUCCAGAGGACCUUUGAGAACCCCUGCAGUCUAAGCACUGAAAACGAGAGAUAUGCACAGCAUUGGUGUUCUCUGCUGUCGGAUAAAUCCGGAGUUUUCUCCCCCUGCCAUUCCGAAAUCCAACCUGACACCUACCAAGCAAGCUGUAUAUAUGACACCUGUAACUGUGAGAAAACGGAGGACUGCAUGUGCGCCGCCCUGUCAGCCUAUGCACACGCGUGUGCUGCUAAGGGGAUACUCAUCACUGGCUGGAGAGACUCUGCCUGCAAAAACUACGAGAUGUCCUGCCCCAGCACCAUGGUCUACUCCUACAACAUGACCAGCUGUGACCGUACCUGCCUCUCCCUCGGCCAGCCAGACUAUACCUGCAGCAUUCCUUUUAAACCAGUAGACGGUUGUGGCUGUGCAGAAGGGACAUACCUGGACGAUAAUGGCAAAUGCGUGGACGCGGCCAGCUGCCCAUGUUACGACUCCAACAAAAUGAUCCAGGCUGGCGAAGUCACUAGCAAUGAUGGCAUCGUAUGCACCUGCAGGCAAGGACAACUGAACUGCAUUGGCGAACCAAAGGGGCCAGAAUGCACAGCUCCAAUGACUUUCUUCAACUGCUCCACUGCUGCCCCUGGAAGCAAAGGCUCAGAAUGUCAUAAGAGCUGUCAAACACUGGACAUGGCCUGCAUCAGCACAGGCUGCGUGUCGGGCUGCAUGUGUCCCGCUGGGCUGGUUUUAGAUGCGAAUGGCACAUGCAUUACCGAAGACAGCUGUCCAUGCGUCCAUAAUGGGGUUGCCUACAACUGUGGAGAGACUGUUAAAGUUGACUGUAAUACAUGCACUUGCAAGGACAGAAAAUGGAUUUGCACCAAAAAUCAGUGCAGUGCAACCUGCAGUGUGUAUGGAGAUGGUCAUUACAUUACUUUUGAUGAAAAAAGAUACGUUUUCAAUGGAAACUGUGAAUACACGCUUGCUCAGGACUUCUGCGGCACUGACAGCACUGGAACCUUUAGAAUCAUCACUGAAAACAUUCCCUGUGGGACCACUGGCACAACCUGCUCCAAGGCUAUCAAGUUCUUCGUAGGAAGCAAUGAGCUUGUGCUGUCUGACGGAAGCUACCAGCUGGUCCAGAGAGAUGUGGGUGUAGAAAUUCCCUAUCAGACUCGCACUAUGGGAAGCUACUUGGUGAUUGAGACCAACAACGGCGUGAUCCUCAUAUGGGACAGGAAAACGAGCAUAUACAUCAAGCUCAGUCCUGAUUUCAAUGGACGCGUGUGCGGUCUAUGUGGAAACUAUGAUGGCAGCGCAUCCAAUGACUUCACCACAAGGAGUCAAGAAGUUGUGGUUGAUGCCCUCAGCUUUGGCAAUAGCUGGAAGUUCUCCCCCACUUGUCCAGAGGCAUUGGUUGUCCAAGAUCCAUGUUCCAGUAAUCCCUAUAGGCAAGCAUGGGCACAGAGACAGUGCAGCAUUAUCAAGAGUAACGUCUUCUCAGCCUGCCAUUCAGAGGUGGAUCCUGCGUCUUUCUACUCUGCUUGUGUGAGCGACGCGUGUGCUUGUGAUACCGGUGGAGACUGCGAGUGUUUCUGCACUGCUGUCGCUUCAUAUGCAGCAGCCUGUAAUGCAGCUGGAGUCUGUGUUGCAUGGAGAACGCCUAAGAUCUGCCCACUUUUCUGCGAUUACUACAACCCUCCCGGGGAGUGUGAGUGGCACUAUAAACCCUGCGGCGCCCCGUGCAUGAAGACCUGCAGAAACCCCACAGGAAACUGUUCUCUUCUGUUACCAGCAAUGGAAGGUUGCUAUCCUGAAUGUCCAGCCGAGCUGCCCUUCUUUGAUGAAGAGUCCAUGAAAUGUGUGGCACAAGAUCAUUGCGGCUGCUAUGUUGGAAUGGAUCAUUACAACAAUGGACAGACUGUCCCAACUCAAAUAAACUGCAAUACAUGUGUAUGCUCAUCGUAUGGCGUGACCUGCAAGUUCGAUGUACAUGCUUGUACAUGCACACAUAAUAACACUAUGUACCACUACGGAGACAUUAUUUACCACACGACGGAUGGACUGGGAGGCUGCAUUACAGCUAUAUGUGCUGAGAAUGGAAACAUCAAUAAGACAGUGACACCCUGUACAACCACAGCACCACCAACCACAACCCUUAAACCUACGACAACACCAGUGCCUACAACAGUGUUUGUUUUCACCACACCAGAAACAUCAACAGCAACAACUGUUGCCACGAAAACGACAGCAUCAUCUAAAGCAUCAACUCUGACAAUUUCUACCACAUCCUCCAUCCCUCCAACAACUGUAACAUCUCCUGAGACUAGUCUGCCAACCACUACAGCUACAAGUACGGUCUCCACUGAAAAAGCCACAUCACCCCAAACAUCACCACCGACAAGUACAGCUGCUCCAACAACACUGACCCAGGAGCCAGUAGUGACCACCACUCAGCCUUCCACUGGUACCAAGUCUACUGAAAUACCAUCAACAACAACUGUAAUCACCACCACAAUCGCAGAAACAUCCACAGAAGCUGAGAGCACAACAUCUGAACAUGUUUCAUCCACUACAAAACCACCUAAAGAAGAGACCACUGUUUCCACAAGUACUGCUGAAACGUCCUCCACCACUUCUGUUGUGAGGACAACCACAUCGUUGAAGCCAUCAACAAAAACGUCUGCUCCAAGCACAGAGUCCAGAAAACCUACUGUAACAACCUCUACACCAAUCACUUCUACGCAGAGAACAGCACCUCCUUCUACAGCUGAAUUGACUACUCAAAAAGAAUCAACAACCCCUCGUGAAGUUUCUACCACAUCCUCCAUCCCUCCAACAAUUGUAACAUCUCCUGAGACCGGUCUGCCAACCACUACAGCUACAAGUACGGUCUCCACUGAAAAAGCCACAUCACCCAAAACAUCACCACCGAGAAGUACGGCUGCUCCAACAACACUGACCCAGGAGCCAGUAGUGACCACCACUCAGCCUUCCACUGUUACCAAGUCUACUGAAAUACCAUCAACAACAGCUGUAAUCACCACCACAAUCGCAGAAACAUCCACAGAAGCUGAGAGCACAACAUCUGAACAUGUUUCAUCCACUACAAAACCACCUAAAGAAGAGACAACUGUUUCCACAAGUACUGCUGAAACGUCCUCCACCACUUCUGUUGUGGAAACGACCACGUCUGUCCAGUCAUCAACAAAAACAUCUGCUCCAAGCACAGAGUCCAGAAAACCUACUGUAACAACCUCUACACCAAUCACUUCUACGCAGAGAACAGCACCUCCUUCUACAGCUGAAUUGACUACUCAAAAAGAAUCAACAACCCCUCGUGAAGUUUCUACCACAUCCUCCAUCCCUCCAACAACUGUAACAUCUCCUGAGACCGGUCUGCCAACCACUACAGCUACAAGUACGGUCUCCACUGAAAAAGCCACAUCACCCAAAACAUCACCACCGACAAGUACAGCUGCUCCAACAACACUGACCCAGGAGCCAGUAGUGACCACCACUCAGCCUUCCACUGUUACCAAGUCUACUGAAACACCAUCAACAACAGCUGUAAUCACCACCACAAUCGCAGAAACAUCCACAGAAGUUGAGAGCACAACAUCUGAACAUGUUUCAUCCACUACAAAACCACCUAAAGAAGAGACCACUGUUUCCACAAGUACUGCUGAAACGUCCUCUACCACUGCUGUUGUGGAAACGACCACGUCUGUCCAGUCAUCAACAGAAACAUCUGCUCCAAGCACAGCAUCCACAAUACCUACUGUAACAACCUCUACACCAAUCACUUCUACACAGACAACAGCGCCUCCUUCUACAACUGAAUUUACUACUCAAGAAGAAUCAACAACCCCUCCUGAAGUUUCUACCACAUCCUCCAUCCCUCCAACAAUUGUAACAUCUCCUGAGACCGGUCUGCCAACCACUACCGCUACAAGUACAGUCUCCACCAAAACAGCCACAUCGCCAGAAACAUCACCACCGACAAGUACGGCUGCUCCAGCAACACCAACUCAGGCGCCAGUAGUGACCACCACUCAGCCUUCCACUGUUACCAAAUCUACUGAAACACCAUCAACAACAGUUGUAAUCACCACCACAAUUGCAGAAACAUCCACAGAAGCUGAGAGCACAACAUCUGAACAUGUUUCAUCCACUACAAAACCACCUAAGGUAGAGACCACUGUUUCCACAAGUACUGCUGAAAUGUCCUCUACCACUGCUGUUGUGGAGACAACCAGAUCUGUCCAGCCAUCAACAGAAUUAACAAGCAUUGCAACAACAACACGUGAAAUAAUUGUGACUGCAUCUACUGUUAUUCCAAAAGUCUCAACUGGAAAGCAAGAAAGUCACACAUCUACAGCAUCAGAAACUCCUACAACAGGGAGAUUCCCAGGAACAUCUACGACUGCAGAAACGAUUAAAACAGAAGGUUUUAGUAGUACUAGAUCCACCACAUUGGAGACUUCUAUUGCACCUUUAACCAAAACAAUUCCAUUCAUUACUCUCACAAUACCUGUAACAACAAAGACUUUACCUUCAUCUGCCACUGUAACCACUGAAGAAACGACAGAAGUAACCACCACUCAGCCUUCCACUGUUAGCAAAUCUACGGCAGUACCACCAACAACAGUUGUAAUCACCACCACAAUCGCAGAAACAUCCACAGAAGCUGAGAGCACAACAUCCGAACGUGUUUCAUCCACUACCAAACCACCCAAAGUAGAGACCACUUUUCCCACAAGUACUGCUGAAACGUCCUCUACAACUGCUGUUGUGGAAACAACCACAUCUGUCCAGCCAUCAACAGAAACAUCUGCUCCAAGCACAGAGUCCACAAAACCUACUGUAACGUCUACACCAAUCACUUCUACGCGGACAACAGCACCUCCUUCUACAACUGAAUUUACCACUCAAGAAGAAUCAACAACCCCUCUUGAAGUUUCUACCACAUCCUCCAUCCCUCCAACAAUUGUAACAUCUCCUGAGACCGGUCUGCCAACCACUACAGCUACAAGUACUGGCUCCACUGAAAAAGCCACAUCACCAGAAACAUCACCACUGAAAAGCACUGCUGCUCCAGUAACACCAACCCAGGCGCCAGUAGUGACCACCACUCAGCCUUCCACUGUUACCAAAUCUACUGAAAUACCAUCAACAACAGUUGUAAUCACCACCACAACUGCAUCCACAGAAGCUGAGAGAACAACAUCUGAAGGUGUUUCAUCCAGUACCAAACCACCUAAAGAAGAGACCACUGUUUCCACAAGUACUGCUGAAACGUCCUCUACCACUGCUGUUGUGGAAACCACCACAUCUGUCCAGUCAUCAACAGAAACAUCUGCUCCAAGCACAGAGUCCGCAAAACCUACUGUAACAACCUUUACACCAAUCACUUCUACACAGACAACAGCACCUCCUUCUACAACUGAAUUUACCACUCAAGAAGAAUCAACAACCCCUCUUGAAGUUUCUACCACAUCCUCCAUCCCCCCAACAAUUGUAACAUCUCCUGAGACCGGUCUGCCAACCACUACAGCUACAAGUACGGUCUCCACUGAAAAAGCCACAUCAAGAGAAACAUCACCACUGACAAGCACUGCUGCUCCAGUAACACCAACUCAGGCGCCAGUAGUGACCACCACUCAGCCAUCCACUGUUACCAAAUCUACUGAAACACCAUCAACAACAGUUGUAAUCACCACCACAACUGCAUCCACAGAAGCUGAGAGCACAACAUCUGAAGGUGUUUCAUCCACUACCAAACCACCUAAAGUAGAGACAACUGUUUCCACAAGUAGUGCUGAAACAUCCUCUACCACUGCUGUUGUGGAAACCACCACAUCUGUCCAGUCAUCAACAGAAACAUCUGCUCCAAGCACAGAGUCCGCAAAACCUACUGUAACAACCUUUACACCAAUCACUUCUACACAGACAACAGCACCUCCUUCUACAACUGAAUUUACCACUCAAGAAGAAUCAACAACCCCGCUUGAAGUUUCUUCCACAUCCUCCAUCCCUCCAACAAUUGUAACAUCUCCUGAGACUGGUCUGCCAACCACGACAGCUACAAGUACGGUCUCCACUGAAAAAGCCACAUCACCAGAAACAUCACCACUGACGAGCACUGCUGCUCCAGCAACACCAACCCAGGUGCCAGUAGUGACCACCACUCAGCCUUCCACUGUUACCAAAUCUACUGAAACACCAUCAACAACAGUUGUAAUCACCACCACAAUUGCAGAAACAACCACAGAAGCUGAGAGCACAACAUCCGAAGGCGCUUCAUCCACUACUAAACCACCUAAAGAAGAGACCACUGUUUCCACAAGUACUGCUGAAACGUCCUCUACCACUUCUGUUGUGGAAACAACCACAUCUGUCCAGUUAUCCACAGAAACAUCUGCUCCAAGCACAGAGUCCACAAAACCUACUGUAACAACCUUUACACCAAUCACUUCUACACAGACAACAGCACCUCCUUCUACAACUGAAUUUACCACUCAAGAAGAAUCAACAACCCCUCUUGAAGUUUCUACUACAUCCUCCAUCCCUCCAACAAUUGUAACAUCUCCUGAGACCGGUCUGCCUACCACUACAGCUACAAGUACUGGCUCCACUGAAAAAGCCACAUCACCAGAAACAUCACCACUGACAAGCACUGCUGCUCCAGCAACAUCAACCCAGGCGCCAGUAGUGACCACCACUCAGCCUUCCACUGUUACCAAAUCUACUGAAACACCAUCAACAACAGUUGUAAUCACCACCACAACUGCAUCCACAGAAGCUGAGAGCACAACAUCUGAAGGUGUUUCAUCCACUACCAAACCACCUAAAGUAGAGACAACUGUUUCCACAAGUAGUGCUGAAACGUCCUCUACCACUGCUGUUGUGGAAACAACCACAUCUGUCCAGUCAUCAACAGAAACAUCUGCUCCAAGCACAGAGUCCGCAAAACCUACUGUAACAACCUUUACACCAAUCACUUCUACACAGACAACAGCACCUCCUUCUACAACUGAAUUUACUACUCAAGAAGAAUCAACAACCCCGCUUGAAGUUUCUUCCACAUCCUCCAUCCCUCCAACAAUUGUAACAUCUCCUGAGACUGGUCUGCCAACCACGACAGCUACAAGUACGGUCUCCACUGAAAAAGCCACAUCACCAGAAACAUCACCACUGACGAGCACUGCUGCUCCAGCAACACCAACCCAGGCGCCAGUAGUGACCACCACUCAGCCUUCCACUGUUACCAAAUCUACUGAAACACCAUCAACAACAGUUGUAAUCACCACCACAAUUGCAGAAACAACCACAGAAGCUGAGAGCACAACAUCUGAAGGUGUUUCAUCCACUACCAAACCACCUAAAGUAGAGACAACUGUUUCCACAAGUAGUGCUGAAACGUCCUCUACCACUGCUGUUGUGGAAACAACCACAUCUGUCCAGUCAUCAACAGAAACAUCUGCUCCAAGCACAGAGUCCGCAAAACCUACUGUAACAACCUUUACACCAAUCACUUCUACACAGACAACAGCACCUCCUUCUACAACUGAAUUUACCACUCAAGAAGAAUCAACAACCCCGCUUGAAGUUUCUUCCACAUCCUCCAUCCCUCCAACAAUUGUAACAUCUCCUGAGACUGGUCUGCCAACCACGACAGCUACAAGUACGGUCUCCACUGAAAAAGCCACAUCACCAGAAACAUCACCACUGACGAGCACUGCUGCUCCAGCAACACCAACCCAGGCGCCAGUAGUGACCACCACUCAGCCUUCCACUGUUACCAAAUCUACUGAAACACCAUCAACAACAGUUGUAAUCACCACCACAAUUGCAGAAACAACCACAGAAGCUGAGAGCACAACAUCCGAAGGCGCUUCAUCCACUACUAAACCACCUAAAGAAGAGACCACUGUUUCCACAAGUACUGCUGAAACGUCCUCUACCACUUCUGUUGUGGAAACAACCACAUCUGUCCAGUUAUCCACAGAAACAUCUGCUCCAAGCACAGAGUCCACAAAACCUACUGUAACAACCUUUACACCAAUCACUUCUACACAGACAACAGCACCUCCUUCUACAACUGAAUUUACCACUCAAGAAGAAUCAACAACCCCUCUUGAAGUUUCUACUACAUCCUCCAUCCCUCCAACAAUUGUAACAUCUCCUGAGACCGGUCUACCAACCACUACAGCUACAAGUACUGGCUCCACUGAAAAAGCCACAUCACCAGAAACAUCACCACUGACAAGCACUGCUGCUCCAGCAACAUCAACCCAGGCGCCAGUAGUGACCACCACUCAACCUUCCACUGUUACCAAAUCUACUGAAACACCAUCAACAACAGUUGUAAUCACCACCACAACUGCAUCCACAGAAGCUGAGAGCACAACAUCUGAAGGUGUUUCAUCCACUACCAAACCACCUAAAGUAGAGACAACUGUUUCCACAAGUAGUGCUGAAACGUCCUCUACCACUGCUGUUGUGGAAACCACCACAUCUGUCCAGUCAUCAACAGAAACAUCUGCUCCAAGCACAGAGUCCGCAAAACCUACUGUAACAACCUUUACACCAAUCACUUCUACACAGACAAUAGCACCUCCUUCUACAACUGAAUUUACCACUCAAGAAGAAUCAACAACCCCGCUUGAAGUUUCUUCCACAUCCUCCAUCCCUCCAACAAUUGUAACAUCUCCUGAGACUGGUCUGCCAACCACGACAGCUACAAGUACUGGCUCCACUGAAAAAGCCACAUCACCAGAAACAUCACCACUGACGAGCACUGCUGCUCCAGCAACACCAACCCAGGCGCCAGUAGUGACCACCACUCAGCCUUCCACUGUUACCAAAUCUACUGAAACACCAUCAACAACAGUUGUAAUCACCACCACAAUUGCAGAAACAACCACAGAAGCUGAGAGCACAACAUCCGAAGGCGCUUCAUCCACUACUAAACCACCUAAAGAAGAGACCACUGUUUCCACAAGUACUGCUGAAACGUCCUCUACCACUUCUGUUGUGGAAACAACCACAUCUGUCCAGUUAUCCACAGAAACAUCUGCUCCAAGCACAGAGUCCACAAAACCUACUGUAACAACCUUUACACCAAUCACUUCUACACAGACAACAGCACCUCCUUCUACAACUGAAUUUACCACUCAAGAAGAAUCAACAACCCCUCUUGAAGUUUCUACUACAUCCUCCAUCCCUCCAACAAUUGUAACAUCUCCUGAGACCGGUCUGCCAACCACUACAGCUACAAGUACUGGCUCCACUGAAAAAGCCACAUCACCAGAAACAUCACCACUGACAAGCACUGCUGCUCCAGCAACAUCAACCCAGGCGCCAGUAGUGACCACCACUCAGCCUUCCACUGUUACCAAAUCUACUGAAACACCAUCAACAACAGUUGUAAUCACCACCACAAUUGCAGAAACAUCCACAGAAGCUGAGAGCACAACAUCUGAAGGUGUUUCAUCCACUACCAAACCACCUAAAGUAGAGACAACUGUUUCCACAAGUAGUGCUGAAACGUCCUCUACCACUGCUGUUGUGGAAACAACCACAUCUGUCCAGUCAUCAACAGAAACAUCUGCUCCAGGCACAGAGUCCACAAAACCUACUGUAACAACCUUUACACCAAUCACUUCUACACAGACAACAGCACCUCCUUCAACAACUGAAUUUACCACUCAAGAAGAAUCAACAACCCCGCUUGAAGUUUCUUCCACAUCCUCCAUCCCUCCAACAAUUGUAACAUCUCCUGAGACUGGUCUGCCAACCACGACAGCUACAAGUACUGGCUCCACUGAAAAAGCCACAUCACCAGAAACAUCACCACUGACGAGCACUGCUGCUCCAGCAACACCAACCCAGGCGCCAGUAGUGACCACCACUCAGCCUUCCACUGUUACCAAAUCUACUGAAACACCAUCAACAACAGUUGUAAUCACCACCACAAUUGCAGAAACAACCACAGAAGCUGAGAGCACAACAUCCGAAGGCGCUUCAUCCACUACUAAACCACCUAAAGAAGAGACCACUGUUUCCACAAGUACUGCUGAAACGUCCUCUACCACUUCUGUUGUGGAAACAACCACAUCUGUCCAGUUAUCCACAGAAACAUCUGCUCCAAGCACAGAGUCCACAAAACCUACUGUAACAACCUUUACACCAAUCACUUCUACACAGACAACAGCACCUCCUUCUACAACUGAAUUUACCACUCAAGAAGAAUCAACAACCCCUCUUGAAGUUUCUACUACAUCCUCCAUCCCUCCAACAAUUGUAACAUCUCCUGAGACCGGUCUGCCAACCACUACAGCUACAAGUCCUGGCUCCACUGAAAAAGCCACAUCACCAGAAACAUCACCACUGACAAGCACUGCUGCUCCAGCAACAUCAACCCAGGCGCCAGUAGUGACCACCACUCAGCCUUCCACUGUUACCAAAUCUACUGAAACACCAUCAACAACAGUUGUAAUCACCACCACAAUUGCAGAAACAUCCACAGAAGCUGAGAGCACAACAUCUGAAGGUGUUUCAUCCACUACCAAACCACCUAAAGUAGAGACAACUGUUUCCACAAGUACUGCUGAAACGUCCUCUACCACUGCUGUUGUGGAAACAACCACAUCUGUCCAGUCAUCAACAGAAACAUCUGCUCCAGGCACAGAGUCCACAAAACCUACUGUAACAACCUUUACACCAAUCACUUCUACACAGACAACAGCACCUCCUUCGACAACUGAAUUUACCACUCAAGAAGAAUCAACAACCCCUCUUGAAGUUUCUACCACAUCCUCCAUCCCUCCAACAAUUGUAACAUCUCCUGAGACCGGUCUGACAACCACGACAGCUACAAGUACUGGCUCCACUGAAAAAGCCACAUCACCAGAAACAUCACCACUGACAAGCACUGCUGCUCCAGCAACAUCAACCCAGGUGCCAGUAGUGACCACCACUCAGCCUUCCACUGUUACCAAAUCUACUGAAAUACCAUCAACAACAGUUGUAAUCACCACCACAAUCGCAGAAACAUCCACAGAAGCUGAGAGUACAACAUCUGAAAGUUUUGCAUCCACUACCAAACCACCUAAAGAAGAGACCACUGUUUCCACAAGUACUGCUGAAACGUCCUCUACCACUGCUGUUGUGGAAACCACCACAUCUGUCCAGUCAUCAACAGAAACAUCUGCUCCAAGCACAGAGUCCACAAAACCUACUGUAACAACCUUUACACCAAUCACUUCUACACAGACAACAGCACCUCCUUCUACAACUGAAUUUACCACUCAAGAAGAAUCAACAACCCCUCUUGAAGUUUCUACCACAUCCUCCAUCCCUCCAACAAUUGUAACAUCUCCUGAGACCGGUCUGACAACCACUACAACUACAAGUACUGGCUCCACUGAAAAAGCCACAUCACCAGAAACAUCACCAGUGACAAGCACUGCUGCUCCAGCAACACCAACCCAGGUGCCAGUAGUGACCACCACUCAGCCUUCCACUGUUACCAAAUCUACUGAAACACCAUCAACAACAGUUGUAAUCACUACCACAAUCGCAGAAACAUCCACAGAAGCUGAGAGCAAAACGUCUGAACAUGUUUCAUCCACUACUAAACCACCUAAAGUAGAGACCACUGUUUCCACAAGUACUGCUGAAACAUCCUCCACCACUUCUGUUGUGAAGACAACCACAUCGUUGAAGCCAUCAACAAAAACAUUUGCUCCAGGAACUGAGUCCACAAAAUCUACUGUAACAGCCUCUACGCCAAUGAUUUCUACGCAAAGAACAGCACGUCCUUCUACAGCUGAAUUGAUUACUCAAAAAGAAUCAACAACCCCUCGUGAAGUUUCUACCACAUCCUCCAUCCCUCCAACAAUUGUAACAUCUCCUCAGACAGGUCUGCCAACCACUACAGCUACAAGUACGGUGUCCACUGAAAAAGCCACAUCACCAGAAACAUCACCACUGAGAAGCACUGCUGCUCCAGCAACACCAACCCAGGGGCCAGUAGUGACCACUCAGCCUUCCACUGUUACCAAGUCUACUGAAACACCAUCAACAACAAUUGUUAUCACCACCACAAUCGCAGAAACAUCCACAGAAGCUGAGAGCAAAACAUCUGAACACGUUUCAUCGACUACUAAACCACCUAAAGUAGAGACCACCGUUUCCACAAGUACUGCUGAAACAUCCUCCACCACUUCUGUUGUGAAGACAACCACAUCGUUGAAGCCAUCAACAAAAACAUCUGCUCCAGGCACAGAGUCCACAAAACCUACCGUAACAGCCUCUACACCAAUCACUUCUACGCAAAAAACAGUACGUCCUUCUACAGCUGAAUUGACUACUCAAAAAGAAUCAACUACCCCUCGUGAAGUUUCUACCACAUCCUCCAUCCCUCCAACAAUUGAAACUUCUCCUGAGACAAGUCUGUCAACCACUACAGCUACAAGUACGGUCUCCACUGAAAAAGCCACAUCACCAGAAACAUCACCAGUGACAAGCACUGCUGCUCCAGCAACACCAACCCAGGCGCCAGUAGUGACCACUCAGCCUUCCACUGUUACCAAAUCUACUGAAACACCAUCAACAACAGUUGUAAUCACCACCACAAUUGCAGAAACAUCCACAGAAGCUGAGAGCACAACAUCCGAACAUGUUUCAUCCACUACUAAACCACCUACAGUAGAGACCACUGUUUCCACAAGUACUGCUGAAACGUCCUCCACCACUGCUGUUGUGGAAACAACCACAUCUGUCCAGCCAUCAAGAGAAACAUCUGCUCCAAGCACAGAGUCCACCAGACCUACUGCAAGAACCUCUACACCAAUCAGACGUACUACUGAAAUUGCCUCCACUACUGCUUUUGUGGAGACAACCAAAUUUAUCCCAACAUCAACAAGUCCUCCAAAGACAACACAUGAAAUAAUUAUAACUGCAUCUACGAGACCUCCAAAAUUCUCAACUGCACCGCAAGAAAUUUCUACUUCUACUGCACAUGUCUGCUGCUUUGUGAAUGGCACAGAUUUUCAACCAGGAGAAAUAAUUUAUAAUGUAACCGAUGGCUUUGGGUGGUGCUUUACUGCAUUCUGCAAUUCCACAUGUAAUGUUGUCAAGGAGGCAUAUUCCUGUGCUACAACUCCACCACCUCACAAAACCACCACAGAAUCUAGUACCACAACAGUUACUUUCGCCACUUCAGUUACAGUACAGCCAACAACAUCCCCUUCUACCCAUAUUUCCAGCACAGCAUCGCCGUCUACAACUAUAAGUUCAGAUUGUUCUGAACUUAAUCCACCUAGAAAGAAUGGUGAAACCUGGAACGUGGAUAAUUGCACCACAGCAACAUGUACUGAUGGCAAAGUCAACUACAUACCAUACGCAUGUCCUCCCGUCGGUGAACCAACAUGUGCAAAUGGUCGACGACCUGUAAAGGUCUAUGAUGAAUCUGGCUGCUGCUUUAAAUAUGUUUGUGAAUGCUCUUGUAGUGGAUGGGGUGGCUCUCAUUAUCUGACAUUUGACGGAAUUUCGUACACAUUCAACGCUAAUUGCACAUACAUUUUGGUCCAAGAUGUUGUCAGCCUAAGUCUGCAAAUCGUCCUUGACAAGCGCUGCAGUGGCGGUAGCUUAUUCUGUCCCCAGAGCGUGAUCAUUACAUACAAAUCCCAGGAGGUUGUUCUGACCCAGGCAGAGACGGAUGGUGUUGUGACCAAUGUGGUUUUGGUGGACACAAAACAAGUCUAUCCUGCUUUCAAGAAUGCUAAUUUCAUCAUUUCAAGCACAGGUGUGGAGAUCGUUGUUGAGAUACCAGAAAUUCAGGUUCAAGUGACCUACACAGGCACCACGUUCAGCAUUGACUUGCCCUUCUCAGUGUUCCACAAUAACACUGUGGGUCUGUGUGGUACCUGCGAUAACAGCACACACAAUGACUGCCAGACACCGUCUGGUCAAACUGGGUCUUGCUCCCAAACGGCUCCUGACUGGCAGGUUCCUGGUGAGCACUGUGUAUCUCCAACCACUCCCACUCCUGUUAGCACUACUAGUGUGCCUGAAAUCUCGCCAACAUCAUGCAAGGCGUCUAUCUGUGAUCUCAUCUACAGCAAUGUGUUCGAAGAGUGCCGCAAAGCCAUUCCUCCUGAGCCUUACGUAGAUGGCUGCAAAAUCGACGCGUGCACUACACAGGUCUCCGGCUGCACGAGCCUGCAGGCUUACGCAUCCGCCUGUGCUAAGCAGGGCAUCUGUGUGGAAUGGAGGAACUACACCAAUGGGGAAUGCGAGGUCAAAUGUCCUGCCAAUAAGGUCUACAAAGCCUGCGGCCCAGCUGUGGCACCAACCUGCAAUGCUCAGUAUAAUGCGCAGUAUCAGCACCUGAUUGACAGCAACAGCACAGGCAUGAAGGAGGGAUGCUUCUGUGAGCCAGGCACCAUCCAGUUCAGCACAUCCUCUAAUGUCUGCGUCACCUCCUGCGCUUGCACAGGCCCUGAUGGUAAUCCCAAAAUGCCAAAUGACACUUGGCAGAAUGGCUGCCAGAUGUGUGAGUGUGAUGGCGACACUCUGAGUGUUCAGUGUAAGGCCAUGACCUGCCCCACCACACCAACCCCCGUAUGUAAUGAGAAUGGUGAAGUCAUCGUCAAUAAAACAGAUGGAUGCUGCCAGAGCUAUGAAUGCGAGUGCCAUGUGAGCCAGUGCAUCCAGCCGACGAUGGCCUGCCGUCUGGGUUUCACGGUAUCCGUGCAAACACCCGAAGGAGCCUGCUGUCCUGAGUACACCUGCAAGCCUAUGAAUGUCUGUGUGGAAGGCACAACAGUGUAUCAGCCGAACUCCCCCAUGCCCAGUGAUGACGUGUGCAAGAGCUGCAUAUGUGGCUCCACUGUGGAUCCUUCAACCGAGCUGCUGACCCCAGUGUGCACGGCAAUUGAGUGCAACCCUAACUGUGCAGCGGGUUACGAGUACAAGCCUGUGGCCGGUCAGUGCUGUGGACAGUGUGUCAGGACCAGCUGCGUGAUAAUGAUUAAUAACGUCACCUACACCAUCGCAGUGAAUGAAACUUGGUCCUCAACUCAGGAUAAAUGUGUCAAGUACACGUGUGAAAAUAUCAAUGGGGAGCCAGUGACAGUAGAGACCAAGACCACCUGCCCUCCUUUCAACCCAGACGACUGCGUCCCCGGAACAGAGCAGACUGACGCUGAUGGCUGCUGCUCAAGCUGUACGCUGAAGAGCAAUUGUAACGUGCAGAAGAACAGCACCGUCCUGGUUAAUAACGGCUGCACCAGCACUACUGCGGUAGACUUGACGUCCUGUGAAGGAAGCUGCGGAACGUUCUCCAUGUACUCAGCACAGUCCAGUUCUAUGAUGCACUCGUGCUCUUGCUGCCAGGAGCAGAGCACCAGCCAGAAAGAAGUGGAGCUGCUCUGCCCUGAUGGGUCAAAGGUCAGCUACUCGUACGUCUACAUCGAGUCCUGCGGCUGCCAGAAGAUAGACUGUCCGUCCACCGGGAGACGCAGGAGGAGACGGUGAACUCUGAGCCCGCUAGAACAUCUUUAAACAGCCAGAACGCUUGUUGACCUUCUGUUACAGACAGCAUGAUGCUAAACUUUAGCUUUCCUCUCUAAUAGUGUGAACAUUUCUCCUCUUAUGUCUUAUCCUGAAACCUGCAUGCAAAAAAACCCCAAAAAAACUAACAUUGUUAUUAUUAUUAUUAUUGUGAGAAAGUGUUAAAGGCUUGUCAGGCAUUCUUGAUGAAUCUGAGAAGGCUUUUGGUGUGAUGUGUUUUAAAAUGUGCAUGUGAAUAACUUCAGCUUCAUCCUUGUCUCUUAGUUCUCAAUAAACUGUUGCAAUAAA